CCCGGCUGCCGCCGCACGCCCGCCAGGCCCAUGUCAUGUCGCUGCCGAUCUCGGAGGUGACGUUCCGCCGGAUCCUGGCGAACUUCCCCGAGAACCUGAGCCUGGCCUUCGCCUACGGCUCCGGGGUGUACCGCCAGGCGGGGCCCAACGGCAGCCGCAAGAAUCUCAUGCUGGACUUCGUGUUUACAGUAGAUGACCCAGUAACAUGGCAUUCAAAGAAUUUGCAACAAAACCGCAGCCACUACUCUUUCUUGAGAUUUUGUGGGCCAAAAGUUAUCACGAAAGUGCAGAAUAACUACGGAGCAGGAAUCUACUACAAUACCAUGAUAACGUGUGCUGGUAAGCUUAUCAAAUAUGGGGUUAUUAGCACUGAAACCCUAAUUAACGAUCUGCUUACUUGGAAUACCUUAUAUGUUGCUGGACGUCUACAAAAGCCGGUGAGAAUCUUGAGCUUGAAGGAGGACACUGCGCUCCGGGCAGCCCUGGAAUCAAACCUGGAGAGUGCCGUCACAGCAGCUUUUCUCAUGCUCCCAGAAAGCUUCUCCGAGGAAGACCUCUUUGUGCAGAUCGCCGGCCUCUCCUACUCCGGUGACUUUCGGAUGCUGAUGGGAGAGGAGAAAGGGAAGGUGGUGAACAUUGUGAAGCCCAACAUUCCUCAUUUUCGUGAGCUGUAUGGUCAGAUUCUCGUCCAGAACCCCCAGGUGUUGUACAAGCAAAAUCAAGGCCAGCUCGAGAUAGAUAAAAGCCCAGAAGCCCAAUUCACUCAGCUAAUGACUUUGCCAAAAACGCUGCAACAAGAAAUAAGUUAUCUUAUGGACACUCCAGGGAAAAACAGAGAUGUGGAAGAGACUUUACUGCAAGUGGCUCAUGAUCCUGACUGCGGGAACGUGGUACGGCAAGGACUUUCAGGAAUCGUGAGACCUUCUAGUGUAAUGCAGAGCACCAAAGGCAUCCUAACAGCUGGUGUGAAGAAAUCAUUGAUUUAUAGUUCAAUGAAAGUGCAAAAAAUGUGGACCGGAUGGACAAAGAAGACAUCCUAAUGUUAUUUGCUUUUGUAAAUGCUGUGUAUAGAUGAAUAAAGUGUCUGAUCUUUUUGUCAGAA